CUGCCUCUCCAGGCGGCACCUGCGUGUGCGCUCGCCCGCAUCUCGGCCAUCGGACCCGAUGUCGCUAGCCUCCGCGGGGUGACGCCGAGGGCUGCUGGGGCGGCGGACGCCUUUGGAGAAUCUCCAGACUGGAUUUUUGUGAUUGUUUUUGGUUUUUGUUUUUUCUUCUUUGCUUUGGAAUUUCCUCCGUUCGGGAAUGUUCCCACCGGAUCGCUGGUCAUCCGGGAGGGAAACGCGAUCCAAAGCCGGCUGCGCAAAGGAAGCGGGAUCAUGCGUCGUCGCUUGAGCAGAAUAAUCCGCCCUGUGAUAGCGCUGCGUGACAACACACCCCCUCCAUCCCGCUGCCCUUCUCCUCCUCCUCCUCCCCCCCCCCCCUUCUCCUCUUCCUCCUCCCGCCACCGCUUCUGCACUCUGAAUUGUUGCUUUUGUGCAUCGGGACGAGCGGCGGAAUCAACUGUCAAAAGGGUUGAAACAAGAAGAAAUCCAAGCGAGGCAGGGCAAAGUCCGUCGGGAGAGAGAGAAUUGUGGUGCGGUGGGACCCUCGCGGGGCAAAAAGCUGCUGGAUCAUCCUGCAUCUGGGAAUUGGAUAUUUUCCUGCGCACACACGCAAGGACAUGGUGAGGCGUUCGUGUGCAUGCUAAGUAGGAAUUGGGUUUGGAUUUUUUUUCUUUUUUUUUUUUUUUUUUUGCUGCAGCGCCGCACUCUCAUGCGCGGAUACGGAGCCUUCCCACCCUGCCGUCCGUUCCGUCUUCUCUGCUUUCUUCCCGUCCCCUCCAAGUUGGGAGUCGGUCGCAAAUCGAAGGCAGACUAAUCGUCCGAUCGUCUCGGCGCACCGACUCUCCACGCAUGUUCCUUUUGUCCUCGGCGCCUUCUCCGCGCGUGGAUUAUCAGCGCCUCGUGUCAUCUCCACCUCGGUCCGGAACGUUUGUGACACAUGCCGAGCGCAGGAUUAACCCCCAAUGAGCCGUGAAGAAGGGCCCGCGAGGAUGAGCGAGUGUUCCAGGGCCGGCGGGACGGGCGCGGUGAUCCUGGAGGAACCGGAGCCGGCGGGGACCUCGGGUACCUCCGCGGCCCGCGCCGAGGGCCCGGCCCGAGACCGGGGCCCUUUGGGGUGCGCCCUGUGGCCCCGCCAGCAGACGUGGCUCUGCAUGGUCCCGCUCCUCAUCGGAUUCAUCGGCUUGGGCUUGAGUCUGAUGCUCCUCAAGUGGAUCGUGGUCGGGACCGUGCGGGAUUACGUCCCGACGGAUCUGGUGGAUGCCAACCGGAUAGGACAGGACCCCAUCUUCCUCUCCAAGCCCAGCGGGGUUCCCAAAGGACCCGAGACCACCACGACCGCCACGACCACCACCACCACCACCAUCACGACCACCCCUACGGUGGACCACGCGCCAAAAACCGUAACCGCCGGGAGAGGUAGAACUCGAUCUACCGUGACCACCACGGCUAACCCGAGAACAGGCGGGGCCUCGGGCAGCCUGGCCACCCCUCGGAAACACGCCAAUCGGAACGGACGCCUUCCCGUGGGUUUUACCGCGCCGCCUCGCACCAACCUGAGAACAUCCACCCCGUCUCCGUCUAAUCCCACCGUGCUCCACGACUCCACGCAGAUGUGGACUUCGGAACAUACCACCGCAGGGGCCACCACCACCGCCGCCCACAGGCGUGGACACCACAAAACGCCGUCUCCGACGGUGCCGCCUUUGCGCUCGGAGCAUUUCAAGCCGUGUCACGACAAGGACUUGGCCUACUGCCUCAACGGCGGCGAAUGCUUCGUCAUCGAGACCCUCAGCGGACCUCACAAGCACUGCAAGUGUCGAGAAGGCUACCAGGGCAUCCGCUGCGAUCAGUUCCUGCCCAAGACCGACUCCAUCCUGUCCGAUCCAAUGGACCACCUGGGCAUCGAGUUCAUGGAGAGCAAAGAAGUGUACCAGAGACAGCUGCUGUCCAUCACGUCCAUCGCUAUGGCGAUCGGCCUCCUGGGAGUGCUCUGUGUCGUUCUCUACUGCCGAAACAAGCGUCGGCGAGAGAAGCUUCAAGCUCACCUGAAGGAAAGUCGAAGUGUGAAAAACUACACCACAAACGUGAACAGCGUCCUGGACUCCAAGACCAGAAAUGGCAAAGCCGACAUCAGAAUGCAGCAGCAGUAUUGCAAACGUCCUCCUGCAUGUCGUCACAAUGAUAUGUGCGAGCCGCUGUCCAGAAGCACUCCGAAGCUCACCACGGAGCAGAGGAGUGUUCACUGGUCGGCCGCUCACAGGACCGCGACCGUUCCCAGAGGACGCCCCAAGGCUUUCGAUCUGUCCUAUCAUCACCUCCGAGAGGCGGAGCUUACUGAGAGGGAGGUUGAAGCGCCGCGCAGUUGCAUCCAUCAGGAGGAGCCUCGCUGGCCCGAGCCCAGACCCGAAGACCCGGUCAAUAUGCAAUUUGCCCUCAACAUGCGCUCGCAACCCGACGGCGCCCCCCCCAGGCCGGGGAGCCCGACCCGCCGCUCGGCCUCCGUCCCCAUCGUCCCGUUCGUGCGGGUUGGCCACGACGACGAGGUUUCCUGUAUGCAAACCGCAAUGAUGUCAUCAAACGGCGCCGCGCCCCGCCAGGAAGGCGCCGGCGAUCGUGCCACGGCGCCUUGUCGGCGGGGGCGAGAGGACGGGGAGCGGGAAGCGGCGCGGCUGCUGCUGCGCGAGGCGCACGAGAACCUCUGGGCCUCGACGCGCAGGCGGCAGGAGGAGGGCGGCGGCCCGGUGGCGAUGCGGGCAAGAGAAACUGUUUGUCUCCUCAACUUUCACGUGGGCGGAGCCUCUAAGGCCACGCACACUCAAUUACUGAGAGAGCCGGACCAAUGAAUAAAGACUACAAAAGACGCUCUCGUUGGAUAAAAGAAAAAUCAUCACGCCAUUCUGGAUGCACACAAAAUGGCUGCCGAGAAGAAGGGGGGAAAAAAAAAAAAUCACUUCAUUUAUUUGCGAAACACGACAAAAAAGAUACCAAAUAGCCCGUUGCUCCAUGGUGGUUUUCACUGUACAAAGAGUAUAUGAAUAUAUAUAUAUAUAUAAAUAUGAUAUAUGGAUCUAAAUAUAUCGAAUUCAAAAAGUGACCAAGUUGAAGAAUGACAGGAGUGAUGUUCGUCUUUUUUUUUUGUUUGUUUGUUUCUUCUUCUUCUUCUUCCUCCCUUUCGUUUUGUACGACGAACGCUGUCACGAGCGCCUUUUGCUGGCCGACGCCAAGAUGGCGACGGCGAUGACGACUUGUCAGCCAAGAAUCACAGUACGCGUGUGCGUGUGAAUGCCAGCGCGCGUGCGUACACAUGCCCGCGAGAGUGUGCGCGCACGUGCGCCCCCGUUGUUUUUUUUGUUUUGUUUCUUUUUCAAGUUGCCAGCGGUCACCAAGGCGUGCACAAGGACAAAAAGGAGACAAGGACACAGCGGGAGAGAAGGAAGCACAUUUUCUGAAUGUUUUCUCAUCUGAUUUUUCCAUGGAUGUGGGUUGGCUGAGCGGCGUCAGCGUGUGGGCUGGCUCUUUGGCUGUUGCAACAAGAAAUAAAUGUCUCUAUGUUGUAUCCUCA